AAUUGACAAACGUACUUCCCAGUUUCGUCUAUAUCGAUUAUGAAGAAAUGUUUCAUUGUCAAAGAUGUAAACUGAAUUUAGAAUAUCAUUUAAAGGGGACAAGCCAAGAACUAGAAAACUAGAUAGUAAAAGUGAAUGCAUAUCGCUUAAUACUUGUAAUCGGGACAAAUUGAAUUAUUCAAAAAUUUGGUAAUAUUUGGAUAAUUAAAUGCGCAAUCUUCAUUCGGAUAUUGUCUUCUACGGACAAUGGUGGGGAAUUGACUAUAAAGAUGUGCCGUGUUGAGCACUUAUCACGCUAAUCCAAGAGUGCAACGAUGAAGUGUGUUUUGGUUUUGCUUUAUUUAGUUAACGCGGCGUUUGCGGGUGCGCUGACGGGGAGCUAUCUUCCCACGGGUGGGUCAGGUGGAUACUAUGGAUCGGGCAGUAAUUACCAUGGCAGCUAUCAGGGUGGUUACGGUCACGGUGGUUUAGGUGAUGGAACUAUCCGAUAUGGACAAAUUGGACUUGGUGGCAACUAUUACGGAGGCGGACCUAGUGGAUACUACUCCGGUGCAGGUCGUGGAGAUGGCCACUAUGCUGGCCAGUUUCAGCAUACUGUAGGUGGUUUUGCUCCCGGAAGUUCUGCAAGUAGUGCCAGUUUUGGGGAAGUAAGUUACUUCCCAAAAAUCUCGUACGACGCUAAAAGCUACGAGCACGGCAGUGUAGAUGCCUUACCUGGGGCGGCUAGCAACCAAGUGCACUUUUACGGCGGACCAAGCGGUAGCCAUACCCGUUUACAAAUCCGCUUGGGCUCGGCUCCGCAGAAAACUCGUGUUUUGUUUGUAAAAUCGCCGGACGCUAGUUCUUCGAUCAUUCCGGAAAUUGUCGCGCCCCAAACCGCGUCGGAAGACAAAACGACCGUCUACGUAUUGUCUAAACAGCAGCAAGCUCAUGGAUCUAUCACUAUACCUUCUGGUAUCGCUGGCGGUAACACUGUGCAAUCUAGACCUGAAGUAUACUAUCUCAAAUACGACAAUCAGCAUGAUGCCGAACGAGCCGUUGCUCAAACUCUUGGAGGUCAUGGUGGCGGGGAACAUGUUGUUGCUCAAGACAAAAAUACGUUUGUAAGAACGUUGGAGGAUUCGCAUUUCUCACGGGGUCACGGUAUCGGCGGACCAGUAUAUGGUAGUCACGGAUCUGGAAGUACGGGAAUUACAUACACCGUUUCUGGAGGAAGUAAAUACGGUACUCCUGGAGCUAGUGGACCAUAUUAAGUUUUAUUUAUUUAUUUAGAAAGUAGCUAUGUUUUUCUUAGUUACUUAUAUGCUAUUUAAUUGGCUUCCCUUAUUUAUAAACGUCAUUUGCCUAUUAAAAAACGAAUAAAGAAUUGUAAUUUA